AUGGGCUUGUUUGACCGGCUUCGACGGCGUUCCAAGAGCCACAGCCGUGCGGGGAAUGCGGCCAGCUAUGAACACCUCCGCAUCUCUCCCGAUCACAGUGUCCCUCCAGUUCCCGCGUUAAGGCGAGACUUCACCAAGAACCUCCCUCCUCCGGUUCUGGCGCGAAUCUUUGCUUUUGUUUGUCCCCAUGCAGCGGACAGCAGCUAUGCGACUUCGGAGGAGUCCAUGACCGAGGAUGGCUGCAUGCUCUGCGACAUGCGCGACCUAGCACACUGUGCUCUGGUGUGCAAGCGAUGGUAUCUGGCUGCUCGAGGUGUACUGUACUCCCACGUCCGCAUCGAUGCCGUCCACUACUGCGAACUCGAAGUCCAAUUGGCAGCCAGGCGAAAGCGCCGUUCCUUCUUUGACCGCAAUGGCGACCCCAUUGAUGCACCCCAGGCCCGUUUGGAGUUAUUCAUGCGCUCAGUCCGACAUUCACAUGAGCUGGGAAACAUGGUCUUGUCUCUGCGAAUGCCAUACAUGACCCGUGAAGCAAACAAGGCGGGUAUAGCGCGAACGAUCUCGGUGUGUCCCAACCUGCGAUACGUCGACUUGCCGGCUGGACUAUACAGCGAUGAUCCGUCGUGUCUUGCCCUGAAGCAAGAACUCAUGGCUCGUUGUCCCGAUAUACGCCGCAUGACCUAUCGCCAUGGGUCCGAAGGAAGCUUCUCCCAGUUGCCUGGAUCACGUUUGUGGAUGAACUUGGAAAUCUUGGAGUUGUCGCGAGUCCAAAUCGAGCCGAGCAUUCUUCGCUUUGGUCUGGGCGCUUUCCCCUACCUGCGUGAAUUGACGUUGGAAGACCUGCCUUGGCUUGACGAUUCCGCUUUUGUAGCUUCUCAAUCACUACCUCCAUUUCCGGCCGUCCAACGGCUUACACUUCGAGAUACCCCGAAGGUCACGGCAAGCGGGCUUGCCGCGUUCUUCUCCCUUCCUGUGAAUCGCAAAUCAUUACAUUAUCUGACUUUGUCGGCUACCGGAGUGCUUCCACCCGCCCUGUAUCAAAUUCUAGCUUCGGCGCCAUGUCUGCAAGGACUUUUGGUCAUUCAAGAAGUAUCCCGAUCCUUUCCCACGGAACAGGUACCACCGUUGGCGUCGACGUCGCUCAACAUGCUGCACUAUGAGAUCACUUCUUCGAGUACAUCUUACGGUCUACCACCUGUUGCAGCGUCAUACUAUACCUACUUGAUCUCUUCUCUAAUGUCAAACUGUCUUCCAGCUUUACGCGAUCUGUAUGUCCGCGACGCCAGCUUCCCAGAAGCGCUGUUACUUGCACCUCCGCCUCGACUCUUCGGAGGUGGUGAAAACGGCCCGCAAAUCCCUGCUGGCGGUCUCUCGCAGCCCCUCAAUGUGUACAGCAAAGGCUUGGACGAACUGGAAUGGAACUUUACUCCAUACGAGCCGCCUCAGACGCGCGGCCGGCGGGACAGCUCAACUCGUCCGGUGAGCUUCCAUGAUGCGCAAUUGAGUCGAACUUGGGGAGGAGAUGCAAGGAAGAGUGUGCUCGUCGGAAAUGGAUUCGGCGGAUUUCUCGCCGUACCCGUUGAUGAAGAUCACAAUGAGGAUCCUCUGGACGGGAUGAAUGGCGAGGAGGAUCCAUCAGAGCUCGAGGCCGCUGCAGGAGCCCAUCGCAGAAACGAGAUGUCAUCCUCCAUCGCAACUCUGAGAGCGAACCCCAAGUAUAGCGACUUCCUGAUUCUUUGCGGCGAUCAUAUCUUUCCAGCCCAUAAAGCGAUUAUCUGCUCGCAGUCCGAGUUUUUCGCCAAAGUGUUUGACUCGCAUUUCUCCGUUGGUUCUCGACUUGCUGCCUUGUCGCUAACGAGCCUUCUGACCGAGAUAUUGCAGGAAGCCUGCACGGGGCGAAUCAGGCUCCCUGACCAUCCGCUGAUCGUGCUUCUGCUGCUCGAUUACCUCUAUACAAGCGAUUAUACCUUCUAUCUGGAUUAUGAUUUUGCUCCAUCGUUCUUGGCUGAAGGACAAAGUCCACCAGGCGAUCUUGUCGAUCGUCUCCACUGCUGCGAGCUCUCUGUUCAUAUACACAUGUUUCUCCUCGCGGAUCGCCUUCUUAUCAGAGGAUUGAAAAACCUGGCCAAGCAGAAGUUUGCGGACAUUCUCAGAAAAGCUUCGUUUCCAACUGUAUAUCCUCGUGCCGUCAGGGAAGUCUAUACAAUGACUUCGAUACACCAUCAGCUUUUGCGCAAGGUAGUCGUCGAUUUCGCGGUGGAGGUCUUACAUAGCGAUAGCGAGAGGGGCCACUUUGAUCCCAACUUCCCGAGGCAUAUUCUUGAGGAGCUUCCGGAGUUCGCACAGGACGUGACGGCUAAGCUUGUUGAUGAAUGGGUGGAAGAUGAGAAGUGUAGGGCUUCCGAAAUGAUGCAAAUCGCGGAAUACUUUCGGCUUUGUUAG